AAUUAAGUACAUUAUUUACAUUUUGACAUGUUCCAAGAAUAGUGACAAACAAAUUAUACGAUAUGUUUUAAAAAUGAAAAGAAAAAUAUUAUAAAACAAAAAUAAAUAUGUAUUCAUAUUUAUAAAAUAAAAGUUUUUUGUACAAUUUUAUAUUGUAAAAAUUUUACAAAUUUUAACCUAUUCUUUCAACCGAAUCGAUAUAUUUGGAAUUGGAUUAUUAUUUACAUUCUCUUAUAUUUCAAUUAUAUGAAACUUCUUUACAAUGACUGGUUUGCCUAUUUUUACUCCGGAAAUUGCAAAAGCUGUUUUAACCGACAUUCUGACAGCAUUGAAUACUCCAGAAAAUACUCAAAAACUUACAGAAGCUAAAGAAAAUUCUGGAAAUGAAAUGCUGAAAAUGAUGCAAUUUGUAUUUCCAAUUGUUGUUCAAAUUGAAAUGGAUGUUAUUAAGAAUUAUGGUUUUUCAGAAAGUAGAGAAGGUACAGUUCAGUUUGUAAAAUUACUUAGAACUCUAGAAAGGGAAGAUCCUGAGGUAGCACAAUUACAUAGUCAAGUUCGAUCAUAUUUUCUUCCUCCAGUUCUGAACUCUCAUAUAAAUUGUUCAACUGAAGCUUCUCUUUAAAUAUAGUUUCAAUAUACAAAUAUUUUAA